UUCCUUUCUCUUUCUCAGCCCGCCUCUUCUGUUGCCUCGUCAUUUAUUUAUAUACCUACGGCUCUGCUUUCAUUUCUCAGGCUCAUUCCUUCUCGAAACUCCAAACUUUUCUCUCUCUGACAUUAACACAAACACAUAGCGAGCAACAAUGGAGUCCUCUGCAACCAUGUCCUUGAAAUCUCCUCCUCUUCCUUCUUCUUCUUCUUCGUUCUUCUCCACCUCUUUUACCCAAAACCCAAAAGCUAAAUCCCUCUCUUUCGCUCACAAGCCACGUGCUUUCAAGUGUAUGCAAUCUCCGCCACCCGGUCCUGAGAAAAAGCCAUUCACGUGCUCGGCGGUGACGUUCCCUCCGUCGCAGUCACUGACGGAAACCCACGUGUCCUCCAAGCUCAACCGCCUCAUCUCCGAGUUCCAGUCUCUCCCAGAACCAAUCGACCGUGUCAAGCGCUUGCUUCACUACGCGGCUCUGUUGCCGGAGCUGGACCCAUCGGCCAAGGUCGACUCGAACCGAGUCAUGGGCUGCACAGCCCAGGUUUGGCUCCAGGCCGAACUGGGCAGCGACGGAAAGAUGAGGUUUUUCGCUGACAGCGAUUCCGAAAUCAGCCGAGGCUUCUGCUCUUGCCUCGUUUGGGUUCUCGACGGUGCGGCGCCGGAGGAGGUGAUGAAGAUUACCACAGAGGAACUGGUGGAAAUGAAUGUGGGAGUUGUUGGGAAAGAGAGGUCGAGGGUGAACACUUGGCACAAUGUGUUGAUCACUAUGCAGAAGAAGACCAAGGCGUUGGUGGCGGAGCGUGAAGGGAACACGCCGCCUUUCGAGCCGUUUCCGUCUCUUGUGGUGACUGCUGACGGAAUAGAAGCUAAGGGGAGUUAUGCUGAGGCUCAGGCGAGAUAUUUGUUCCCAGAUGAGUCAAAGGUUGAAGAACUUGUUAGCAUGCUAAAGGAGAAGAAGAUUGGUGUUGUUGCACAUUUUUAUAUGGAUCCUCAGGUCCAAGGCAUCUUGACUGCUGCUCAGAAACAGUGGCCACACAUUCACAUUUCUGAUUCACUGGUAAUGGCUGAUUCGGCUGUGAAGAUGGCGAAAGCUGGAUGCAAAUAUAUUACAGUUUUGGGUGUAGAUUUUAUGUCAGAAAAUGUGCGUGCAAUCCUUGAUCAGGCUGGCUUUGGAGAUGUUGGUGUGUACAGGAUGUCGAGUGAACGUAUUGGCUGUUCCUUGGCGGAUGCUGCAGCUACGCCUUCUUAUAUGAAUUAUCUUGAGUCUGCUUCUAAAUCUCCUCCUUCGUUGCAUGUCAUUUACAUCAACACUUCACUAGAGACAAAAGCAUAUACUCAUGAGCUUGUGCCAACAAUCACAUGUACUUCUUCAAAUGUUGUGCAAACCAUUCUGCAGGCUUUUUCUCAAGUGCCAGAUUUAAACAUAUGGUAUGGGCCCGAUUCCUAUAUGGGUGCAAAUAUUAAAGAGUUGUUCCAGCAGAUGACUAAGAUGACUGAUGAAGAAAUAGCCGAGAUACAUCCAGCUCAUAAUAGAGACUCUAUUAGGUCAUUGCUACCUCACCUGCACUUUUAUCAGGAUGGAACAUGCAUUGUACAUCACCUUUUUGGACAUGAGGUUGUAGAGAAGAUAAAUGAAAUGUAUUGUGAUGCAUUCCUUACUGCUCAUCUUGAGGUCCCUGGAGAAAUGUUUUCAUUGGCAAUGGAAGCAAAGAGAAGAGGAAUGGGAGUUGUUGGUUCCACUCAAAACAUAUUAGAUUUUAUAAAUCAGAGGGUUCAAGAGGCGUUAGAUAGAAAUGUCAAUGACCAUCUCCAAUUUGUGCUGGGAACAGAAUCGGGAAUGGUGACUGCAAUUGUUGCAGCAGUUCGCAGGUUGUUAGCUUCUGGAAAGUCGUCUUCUGGAGGAGCAAAAAUUAAAGUUGAAAUAGUGUUCCCAGUUUCAUCAGACUCAAUGACAAUAACUUCGCCAAAUUCAUCUGUUACAAUGGGUGACAUUAUCCUACCUGUUAUACCUGGAGUAGCUAGUGGAGAGGGAUGUUCUAUCCAUGGAGGCUGUGCAUCCUGUCCAUAUAUGAAGAUGAAUACCCUUAGUUCACUCCUCAAAGUUUGCCACCAAAUGCCUGAUGAGAAAAAUAUUAUUGCGGCAUAUGAGGCCGAGAGAUUUAAAUUGCAAACCCCUAAUGGAAAAUCAGUUGCAGAUGUUGGGUGUGAGCCAAUUUUGCACAUGAGACACUUUCAGUCUACAAAACAAUUGCCAGAGAAGCUUGUCCAUCAGAUUUACCAUCCGUAUAGCAGUGGGAAUUCAAUGACAUCAAGUUGAGGCGCAAUAAUAAAUGCUGCUGCUUUUUACAGAUGAGCUGUGAAUGCCAAUCAGUUUUGAAUCUGACCUCAACUUUUGCUUCGAGCAAAAUUUUCACUGCCAUAAUUUUUAUGUAAUUUUUGCUAUUAGAAAGCUCUCAAUUUUUAUUGUUCACAGCAUAGAUUAGUGUAUUAGAUUUAUAGAAAGAAUGAAAUUACAAUUUUAAUAAUUUUUUUAUUCAACUGAAUAGCUGUUGGAAUA